AUGCCGGCCGUCUCUGAUAUCCUGGGCUUGACGCCUCUGGACCACUUGCCCGCGAAGCUCUUCCUGCCGUACAUCCUGUACUUCGACCACCCCGACCCUCAGCUCGCCAUCAACACUCUCCAGAGCAGCAUCGGAAAAGUAAUCUCACAGCUCCCCUGGCUCGCUGGAGAUGUAAUUAUGCACAGUGUGCCUGAUGGGCCUAAGGACAGAAUGCAUAUCGCGGCCCCGCGGGUCCCACUGUCUGAGGUCCCCAUAUUACAGGUCAAGCACUUCGACCGCGAUGAAGACAUCCGCUCGCACCCAGUGCAAUCCUAUCUUCAUCUUCCCACAAUUUGUCCAGCCUCCGAGCAAAGGCCCGUCCUUCGCUUCCAGGCCAAUAUCGAGGCAUCGCCGGAAAACAUCAUCGUCACCAGCUGGGGGAAUCUAGAGGUCUUUUCACUGGACUUUGGCCCUGGUCUUGGGCGUAUCGAGGACUUCGAGCCCGGACUGGCGCUCGUUCCCGGUGGGUGCAUCCUUUUGCCAUCGCGGCCGGUCAGUAACGGGUCUACUGCACCGUGGGAGGUGUGUAUCACGUUGAAGAAGGGGGAUUCUCAGACGCUUGCCCAGGAUUCCUUGCUAAGUCGGAUCUUGGCGUGA